UGUCAUUGCCGCGAUGCCGACGAAACGCUGUUAUUUUCAUCCGGAUUGCAGGUCCACUUUGUUCAGCCUUCCUAGGGACGGGGAAGUUAGGGAUCAAUGGUUAAAAUUUAUUUUUAACUCGGUCCCUCAAAAUUAUUACCCAAAUCUCGCUCUCUGUGCUGCUCAUUUUACGGAGGAAAGCUUACACAAUCUUUGCGAGUUCAAUGCAGGAUUCGCCCAACGGCUUGUCCUGAAAGAUGGAGCAGUUCCAACUUUAAAAACAGAAGCUGUUUACGGGCCACAACCUACAACAUCUCAGCAGGGUUCGAGUUCCCAAGAGCUCCCCACUACAUCUACACUUCAUGAAGUUGGAUGUCAGUCAGACCCUAUAGAGACCGAAACUGUAGCCACAGAGAUAAAGCCAAAGAUGCGAUCAGUGGGCACACAACUUUCAAUGGGUACAUUGAGCAGUUUCCACUUAAGGAGCAAAGGCAUUCAGGCAACAUAUUAUGGUCAUGAUGUGGGCACCCAAACAACUGAGAUGUUUCCUGAUGUGCAGCUGUCUUCAACACCAGUAAGGGGCUCAGUCUUCAGGCCCAGUAAGAGACCUCGUCUGGUGUUAGAUGAGGAAGAAGAAUCAGAAUUAAAUGUCGAACCCACCGAUUCCACAUAUAACCCAGAUUCUGUUGUUACUGAAGAAUCAGAAUUGGCGAUAGAUCCACAGCCCGACCACAGCGAUAACAAAUACAUUGUUUUUGAAAGCUGUCUUCGAGAGCUGUUUGUGUCCUGUCCAAUUUGUAAGACAAAGUGUGUUGUCCAGAUCAGACGAAGGGGGACUUUUGUUGCAUUCACCCAGCUUUGUGAAAAGUGUAACUACUACAGACAGUGGCAGAGCCAGCCCAUUGUAGGGAAUUUUCAAGGCCAUGAAGCUCCAGGUGAUGCAUUUCGUAACUUUUAG